CGACCUACAAGUGGCUGGCUGGAGCAGCUAGUCUGCUACAACCGCGCCCAAAGGAGAGCCCCUUGCCGGCGCCAGUGCCAGCAGCACUCCCAAACAAAGGAUUCCCACGCGGUCGCGGUGUUGUUGGUGUCUUCCCGUUGCCACAGAAGUCAUCGUGUCGGUGUCGCCAGCGAGCGCAUGCUGCGAUUUACUCUCCGCGCUAGCGUGGCGCGAGGAUCGCGACGGUAGCGGCGCGCAAUGGCGCGCAGCGUCAGAAUUUGCAACAACAACACCGUCUGGCUCGCGGCAUAUAUAAAGCGGGUGGGGCCCGGUAGUCUCAGGUCAUCAUCCAAACACAAUGGCUAGAACCAAGCAAACCGCAAGAAAGUCUACUGGUGGUAAGGCACCAAGAAAGCAAUUGGCCUCCAAGGCCGCCAGAAAGUCUGCUCCAUCCACCGGUGGUGUCAAGAAGCCUCACAGAUAUAAGCCAGGUACCGUCGCUUUGAGAGAAAUCAGAAGAUUCCAAAAGUCUACUGAGUUGCUCAUCAGAAAGUUGCCAUUCCAAAGAUUGGUCAGAGAAAUCGCCCAGGACUUCAAGACCGACUUGAGAUUCCAAUCCUCCGCCAUUGGUGCUUUGCAAGAAUCCGUCGAAGCCUACUUGGUCUCCUUGUUCGAAGACACCAACUUGUGUGCCAUCCACGCCAAGAGAGUCACUAUCCAAAAGAAGGACAUCCAAUUGGCCAGAAGAUUGAGAGGUGAAAGAACUUAGUUUAAUUCGUCAGUGUAUAUUAGAAUAGGAUUAUAAGGAAUAGUAAGAUGAUUGUAGAUGGCCUGCAACGGGCUCACGGUACUGGUGGCGGACGCACUGGAACUGGGUACAUUUCUCCUAGCCAUACCACUAUAGCACCCUGCUUGCUACUGUAGUGCUUGGGGCCCUCUCUUUUUGCGGCUAGCGGUGGUACCAUCCCGCACUAAGUAGUGCCACUACCCGCUAAAUUUGUCACUAGCCUGGUACCACCUUUCCACUAGCCGCACGCGAACUCUACCGUACAAGCUACAU